AUGACGGAAGUUGAGUUUGGACAACCACUACCCAGCAACUUGGAUUACGCCGUUUCCUUCGGCAUCCCCACGUGGGAAUCCGCCGUGAAAUACGUUGAGAAAGAUCCCUAUUUUGUUAGUAAAAUGAAGACUGGGUACCCUAGAUAUUUUCCUCAGCCCGCGAUACAAACGCUCUGUGGUCAUUUCAUCAAAAAAUAUGGCCGCAAUUCGGUGAAUUGCCGUCCUUUUCCUUCUUUAAAGUGUGCUAGAGAUUGCUUAGAUCAUGUGAAGGCGAAAAAUGGUUCCAAGAGUAAAGCUUACCUUGCGUCGGAAACUUUUCACCUGCGUGAUUCUUCGCAGAAUGAUUCCUCACAAUUGACUUUUACUAUAGCGGUUGUAUUUGCUCCUGAUGAUGAGAUCGAAGUCGUCAAAGAGUACUGGAAACUGACGGGCGAAUGCGUAUCAAGUCGGCUAGCAGCUUUUAUUAAUCAGUGUUUGGAAGAUGUUGGGUCAGAAUCAAGCCCAUAUCAUUUGAAGAGGCCAGAAAUAGCCCUCUUGAAAGAAAGAGGGGAAGAUGCAAAACUCCAAGUGAAAAAAAGAAUAGCAGAUAACCACACCAAACAAUUGUCAGGCAAGAAGAUUGCAAUCGAUCCAUUGAAAGAUGUUUUCCUGGUUUCAAGCGGCAUGUCCUCGAUAUUCAAUACCCGCAAACUACUCACAUCAUGGGAAUCGAACAAAACUUCCGAGACGUCAUGUUAUACAGCUGGAGUGUUCGGAUUUCCUUUCAAAGAUACAAAAGUUAUAAUGGAGAAGUUUGGGGAAUGUCUGUUCUUUGGAUUUGGUGAUUCCAGAGAUGUGAAGCAGUUGAAGAAUUACUUAGAAAAGGGAGACAAUCGUAUCUUGGCCAUUUAUUUGGAAACGCCUUCUAAUCCAAUGCUGAAUGUACCUGAUUUGCAAAAUUUGAGAAAAUUGGCUGAUGACAACGAAUUCUUCAUUAUCAUAGACGACACCAUUGGAGGUUUGAACAUAAAUGUGCUACCUUACGCUGAUAUUGUAUGCACCUCCCUGACCAAACUCUUUAGCGGCUCCAGCAAUGUCAUGGGUGGUUCAAUUUUACUCAACCCGCAAUCUAAAAUAUACCCAUUUGCUCGCACUUAUUUUGAAAGUACCGAAUUCGAAGAAUUACUCUGGCUUCAAGAUGCUAUUGUGCUUGAGGAAAACUCUAGAGAUUAUGAAGAGAGGACAACGAAAACGAAUCAAAACACAAAGAAACUCUUGGACGAGGUACUCUUACCUCUUGAGGGUGAAAUUUUCAAAAAAGUGUAUUAUCCAUCGGUGAGCUCUAAAGAGACUUUGCAAAAUUACGACGCAAUUCGCUAUCCAGAAGCUGGUUACGGAAGUUUAUUUUCUCUGUCCUUUUACAAUGAGAAAGAUGCAAAAACGUUCUAUGAUAAUUUGAAAGUCUUCAAAGGUCCAUCAAACGGAACAAACUUCACUUUGGCUUGCCCGUAUGUUCACCUGGCCCAUCACUUCGAGCUCGAUGCGGUGUCCAAAUAUGGGGCUGACGCCGGUUUUGUGAGAGUAAGUGUGGGACUCGAAGACAUUAAGUGGUUGGCAAGAGUCUUCGAAGACGCGAUUGCAGCUGUGAAACGGUGA